AAUCUAUCAGCCAGUCUUUAAAAAAGGACUUUCAAAGUGGCAAGUGAGUCCCUAUAACACCCGGCCCCCUCCCGCUCUCAGCACCUAGCACGACCUUCCCCCCUCCAGAAAGGGGAAAGCGAGAGGGGAAAGCAAGAGAGGAAGGAAGGAAGGAAGUGUGUGGUGGGGGGGAAGCUGUGGAGAGGACUGGAGCAAGACACCCUUUAAGAGAAGAGGUGGAAAGGCUGAGUGUAAAGAGAUCUAACCUGCAGCACCACCACCAGCAGCAGCAGCAGCUCAGAUGAGCAGUAGAGGAGUUUUGAGCGGAUCCCAGUAGCCUGCUGGGGAAGUCACCAGCCCAGCAGCUAGAGGCGUUUGAUGUGAACCCACACGUCUGCUGGGGAAAGCCAGGCAGGAGCCAGCAGAGGCGUUUGAUCCCGCGUACCUUCUACCAGGACUGAGCGAGGAGUGGCUUCUCCCCUGGCCCACAAAAAAACAAACCAAAAAAAAAAACAACCCCCCCCAAAAAAAAACCAGGAGGAGGAAAGAGCCGAGGAGUUGGAGCCGCUCCCGCACAACCCGCCGGGGACGCGACACAGGAGCCCGGCCGCGCUCGGAGGAGUUGGAGCCGAUCCCCGGCGCCCGCCGGAGCAGCCACCCGGGGCGGCCGCAGACCUGCGCGGACUCGGAUGUGCUCCCAGAUGCCUGGCGGAGACGGCAGGGCGCCCAGCGCACCCGGGACCGGGGUGUGACCCGGGGACCUGUUGGCGGAGCCCGGCCCCGGCCCCGGCCGCGGGGGGAGUUGCGCCCGAGCCCAGGUGGCAGCGGCCCGGCUCACCUCCGCGCCCCCCGCCCCGCCCCGCCGGCCCCCCUCUCCCUGAGCGGGGAUGACCCUGUCAGGCAGCAGCAGCACCAGCGACAUGUCCGGCCAGACCGUCCUGACGGCCGAAGAUGUGGACAUCGACGUGGUGGGCGAAGGGGACGAGGGGCUGGAGAAGGACAGUGAGGGCGAGGCCGGCAGCCCCGCCGGGCUGCACCAGCUGCACCUGGACGAGGCGGACGAGCUGGCGCUCCCCAAGGAGGCGGGGGCGGGCGGCGACACGGGCAGCAGCAGCGGCGGCAGCGGCAGCCACAGCCCGGCCGAGGCCCCCCCGGGCGGGGCGGCGGAGGGGGGCAAGGCCGGCGGCGAGGAAGGGGGCAGCGGCGGCGGCGGCGGCGGCGGGGCCCUGCAGGGGCAGAGCAAGCCCAAGAGCAGCCUGGUGAAGCCGCCCUACUCCUACAUCGCGCUCAUCACCAUGGCCAUCCUGCAGAGCCCGCAGAAGAAGCUGACGCUGAGCGGCAUCUGCGAGUUCAUCAGCAACCGCUUCCCCUACUACCGGGAGAAGUUCCCGGCCUGGCAGAACAGCAUCCGCCACAACCUCUCGCUCAACGACUGCUUCGUCAAGAUCCCCCGCGAGCCGGGCAACCCGGGCAAGGGCAACUACUGGACGCUGGACCCGCAGUCCGAGGACAUGUUCGACAACGGGUCCUUCCUGCGCCGCCGCAAGCGCUUCAAGCGGCACCAGCAGGAGCACCUGCGGGACCAGACGGCGCUCAUGAUGCAGGGCUUCGGCGCCUACGGCCUGGCCGGCCCCUACGGCCGGCCCUACGGCCUGCACCCCGGCGCCUACCCGCACCCGGCCGCGGCCGCCGCGCUGCAGUACCCCUACAUCCCGCCCGUCGGGCCCAUGCUGCCGCCCGCCGUGCCGCUGCUGCCUUCCAGCGAGCUGAGCCGCAAAGCCUUCAACGCGCAGCUCAGCCCCAGCCUGCAGCUGCAGCUCAACAGCCUGGGCGCCGCCGGCUCCAUCAUCAAGUCGGAGCCCAGCAGCCGGCCCUCGUUCAGCAUCGAGAACAUCAUCGGCGUGUCGGCGGCCGGCUCGGGCGGCGGCGCACAGACGUUCCUGCGGCCGCCGGUCACCGUGCAGUCGGCGCUCGUGGCGCACCAGCCGCUGGCGCUCAGCCGGACCACGGCCGCCAUCGCCCCCAUCCUGAGCGUGCCUACGAACAUCAUCUCGGGGCAGUUCCUGCAGCCCGCCGCCUCGGCCGCCGCCGCCGUGCAGGCCAAGUGGCCGGCCCAGUAAUCCCCCGGCCCGCCCGGCCGGCCGGCCGGCCCCGGAUCAGACAGUGCGGGGGGUGGGUGUGGGGGGCGGCGAGCAGCCGAGACAGCCGCCGCGGAUCGGGUCCGGCCCCAACCCCCCAAGUGCAAAUCAAUAGAUCACUAGAGAGAUCCCAGCAAACCAAACACCACCCCGCCGCCGCCGCCGCCGCCGCCGCCGGGCGCACGGGGAAGCCUUUCCGCACAGGUAACCCAGGAACAGCCCCACAAGCAGCGCUCCCCACCCCCGCCAACUUUGUACAUAUUUGUAUGAAAAAGGAUGGACUUUCCUUUCGGGGUUUUUAUUUUUUUAAAAAGGCAAAUCCCAGUCGCGUUUAGGAGCUCGGGACUUUCGCUUUUUUGAAGGUUCUCACUCUCCGAGCGGUUUUAGCGAAAACAAAGAAAAACACGAACACACACAAAUGUAUAAAACUAGCGGGGGAGGGAGGGGAGGGGAGAUUUUAAAUAUUAAACCGACCAAGGGAGAGUAGGGACGUUUUGGAGAAAGAAAAGGACGCCGCGCCUGUCGCUCUAUUACAGAAGUCUGUUUAUAUCUGAAUGAAUAUAUGUAUUCUAAAUGUUAUCCUUCGUGUUGUACACACCUUUGUAAAUAAAUUUUUAAAAUGCU